AUGGAGCAGCAGCUACUCAAGGAUUUAGGAUCCCAGCUGAAGAACAAAGGCCUGAGGUGUCUCCACCCCCUGCAGGUUGUCACGCUGUGGUACCGCCCCCCUGACGUGCUGUUUGGUGCCAAGCUGUACUCCACCUCCAUAGACAUGUGGUCAGCCGGCUGCAUCUUUGCAGAGCUGGCCAAUGCCGGGCGGCCCCUGUUCCCGGGAAACGACGUGGACGAUCAGCUGAAGAGGAUUUUCCGAUUGCUGGGAACCCCCACCGAAGAGCAGUGGCCGGCCAUGACCAAGCUCCCAGACUACAAGCCGUAUCCCAUGUACCCUGCAACAACGUCGCUGCUCAACGUGGUGCCCAAACUCAAUGCCACAGGUCGGGACCUGCUGCAGAACCUGCUGAAGUGCAACCCGGUGCAGCGGAUCUCAGCCGAGGAGGCACUGCAGCAUUCCUACUUCACGGACUUCUGCCUCCCGUAGAGACUGCCCGCAGCUGGGCCUGCCGGGCCAGCAUCUGCCCUGCUCCACUGGCGCGGGGGAGAAUGUCCUGGGGCCAGGGCACUGGGUGAUGGGCAGGGCCCUGCGUCCCCAUCCCCCCCUCAGUAUUUAUUAGGUUUUUAACCCAUUGCAGCGCCUGGUUUUCUACCAGUCUCUGCUGGGACCCCAUGGACAGGAGCCAGCUCCCUCCCUGCCCUGCCCUGCUGCGAGUGCUCGUCGCCCUGGUACUGUGCAGCGUCACCUGCCUCCCACAGGACAGGGACGGCCCUGGGGUUCCAGUGGGGCACAGGAAAGGGGGGAGCCAUUGCUUUCCCUUCCUUCACCAGGGGUCCAGGGACAAGGGACGGCUCCUCCUGGGCUGGCAUGGGAUGUGGUGCCCCUAGCACAAGCUGCCCCUUCUUGCCACAUCCCUUGCAAGCCCCUGCGCCCUGGCUGUGCCUCUGCCUGGGUGGGGCCCCUUCUAGCUGGGACUCCUUGGGGGGCCAGGCAGCUUCCCUCCCCCUCGUACCGUGCUCCUGUGUGGCUGAAGGUGUGUGUUUAAUUUCAUAAACAUUUCCCCUCCCUCA